AUGAACCCUUCGUCCAAAACUUGCGACAAGAGAUCUAAAGCUGCUGAAUACAAACUACAAAGAAUUUUGAAUAAAAUCGAAACUUUGAAAAUCAGCGAUUCCUAUCUAUCGCAAAUCAAGUUUCCUGGAAAAGAAAAGAGGUCGUCCAAAAAGAUCACAAAUUAUGUUAAAGUUUAUUCUGGCAUUUGUGUUGUGCUUGUUGGGGUGACCGUGAAGUGGUUUUACGACGACAUUACAUCCAAGAGUUGUCUGGUGGAAGUGCCGUCGUCUUCGAAAUCCCUGUUCCGCCCUCCCGAGGACUGCUCCAUGUGCAUCGGAGUGGAUGACGUCGUCAGACUGGCCAACAUAUCCGCUGAGGAGUUUGAACAGCAUUACGCGUAUAGUGCCACUCCUGUUAUCGUUACUGACGCUACUCAAGAAUGGAAAGCAAUCAAGGAAUUCGAUUUUAAUUUCUUCGCUGAUUUCUACCGCAACGUCAAGAUGGGCACCCAGACAAACGACUGCUUCUUCUUCGCAUACAAAUCUGGACUGCAUUCGCUGCAAGAGGUGUUCGAUAUGGACGAAGCGCGCGCCAACCUGUCUGGCGCGCCGUGGUACGUGGGCUGGAGCACGUGCUACAGCGAGGAGAGCCGGCAACUGCGCGCCUUCUACCGGCGGCCAUACUUCCUGCCGCGCACCGCCGAGAGCGACACGCUGGAUUGGCUGUUCAUGGGCGGCCCGGGCCAGGGCGCGCACAUGCACGUGGACUCGGUGCGGCACAAGUCGUGGCAGGCGCAGGUGCGCGGGCGCAAGCAGUGGCAGCUGGCGCCGCCGCCCGAGUGUCUGUACGCCUGCGAGCGAAUACAGUUCACCGUCGAACCAGGAGAGAUACUGGUGGUAGAUACAAACCGCUGGUACCACAAGACGAACGUGCUUCCUGGAGACCUCAGCAUCACCAUUGGCGCUGAAUAUGACUAA